AUGGCGCUCGAGAAUUUCGCGUCUCAGGUCGUGGAAAGACACAAUAAGCCAGAAGUCGAAGCUGGCACAUCAAUAGAAGCGCUAUUAAAUCCUCUCGUCAUCUCGCGCAACGAAAAGGAGCAAGUCCUCAUCGAACCCUCCAUCAAUUCCGUUCGCAUGUCGAUUCGCAUCAAGCAGCAGGAUGACAUCGAAAGGAUUCUCUGCCACAAGUUUACUCGGUUCAUGAUGAUGCGCGCAGAGAACUUUGUGAUUCUCAGACGGAAGCCAGUAACAGGUUAUGAUAUCUCGUUCCUUAUCACCAACUUUCAUGCCGAGACCAUGCUCAAGCACAAGCUAGUCGACUUUAUCAUCCAGUUCAUGGAAGAAGUCGAUAAGGAAAUCAGUGAAACCCGCUUGAGUCUCAACGCUCGCGCUCGUAUAGUUGCCGAGUCUUACCUCGCCACCUUUGGUUGA